GGAAGAGAUUUAUAGUUAUUAAUGGAGGACAAGAAAAACACCAUUAGUAUACUCAUGUUACCAUGGCUUGCCCAUGGUCACAUAAGUCCAUUUCUAGAACUAGCCAAAAAACUCACAAAUAGAAAUUUCCACAUUUAUAUGUGUUCCACUCCAAUUAACCUAAGUUCCAUCAAGAAAAAUGUCACAAAGAAAUAUUCACAAUCAAUUGAAUUAGUUGAGCUUCAUCUUCCAUCUUUACCAAAUCUUCCUCCUCAUUACCACACAACUAAUGGCCUCCCACCCCAUCUCAUGAACACCCUUAAAAAGGCAUUCGAAUUCGCCUCUCCAAAUUUUUCCAAAAUAUUGAAAACCCUAAAUCCGGAUUUGGUCAUUUAUGACUUCAAUCAACCAUGGGCUGCUAAGUCUGCUUCCUCUAUGAACAUUCCUGCCGUGCAAUUCCUCACUUUUAGCGCUGCUGUCCUUGCAAAUUUAGCCCUCCUCAUGUUUGAUAAGCCAGGGGAAAAAUUCCCAUUUCCUGAAAUUUACCUGCGUGAAUAUGAGAUGCUACAAAUCAAGAAAUCAAUGGAAGAAUCAAAAGAUGUGAAGACCCUAGUCAAUGAGGCUCUUAGACAAUCCCGCGAUAUUAUUCUGGUGAAAACCUGUAGAGAUUUCGAAGGUAAAUAUAUGGAUUAUCUCUCAAAAUUAGUUUUGAAGAAAAUUGUCCCGGUUGGUUUGCUAGUUCAAGAUACCAUUGACCAAGAUGAUCAUGAGAAGAUCAUCAUGCAAUGGCUUGACAAGAAGAAAAAAAAUUCAACUAUUUUUGCUUCAUUUGGGAGUGAGUAUUUUCUAACAAAGGAAGAAAUUCAUGAAGUAGCUCAAGGGCUAGAGCUUAGUAAAGUGAACUUUAUUUGGGUAAUUAGGUUUCCACAAGGCGAAGAAAAUAGUAUUCAAGAUGUAUUACCACAAGGAUUUUUUGAAAGGAUAGGGGAAAGAGGAAUAGUUUUGGAAAAAUGGGCUCCACAAGCCACAAUUCUACAACACACAAGUAUUGGUGGAUUUGUGAGUCAUUGUGGAUGGAGUUCUUUUAUGGAAAGUAUCAAAUUUGGCGUGCCCAUAAUUGCAAUGCCAAUGCACAUUGACCAACCAAUAAAUGCUAGGCUUGUGGAAUAUAUUGGUAUGGGAGUUGAAGCACUGAGGGAUGAGAAUGGAAAGUUACAAAGUGAAGAAAUUGCAAAUGUGAUAAGGAAAGUGGUAAUUGAGGAAAGUGGGGAAAUUGUGAGAGAGAAAGCUAGAGAAUUGAGUGAGAAAAUGAAUAUGAAAGGGGAUGAAGAGAUGGAUGGAGUGGUGGAAGAGUUGGUGGCACUUUGUAACAACAAAUGAUUAGCAAUAAGAUUUACUCUCUUCAUUUUAUUUCAUGUAUCUUAGUUUG